AUGUUCGCGCGGCCUGCCGGCCAGACGGCCGUCGUCGACUGUCCGAUCUGCAGCAAACAUGUACGACCAUCUGAUAUCAACGCCCACCUCGACGCCGGCUGUGCAACGCAUGUCGUGGAGGAGGGUGCCGACGAAGCGAAUGGCACAGGGACGGCUGAAGGCAGCACAAAACGACCAAGACCGCCGCCGAGCUCACCGUCCCUCGGAUCGAGCUCGCAGCAGAAGCGGUCGGCCUCGUCCUUUUUCCAGACACCCGCCGCGAAACGACAGCAGAGCACCUCCGCCGUCACAAACGGUGCGAGCGGGACACACAGCACGCCGAGUGCCUCGCAGGGCACAAAGAGCACCGGGGCGACGUUUACCUUGCCAAUCACAACACAGGGCGCAGCCGGCGGGUCAAAGAAGCGCACGUUUGAGGAGGGCCCAGGGCAGAGCUCGCCACCACAACCAGAUGGAGACAGAGGCGACGACGGAGACGGCAGGAUACAUACAAAUGGGGAGGCAGCCCCAACGAACGGAGCGGCUCCGCCGCCGUCCUCGGCACAAGCGGCACUGCCGUCCGCCAAACGCUCACGCACCCAGCGGGCAGCACCGCUGGCCGAACGCAUGCGGCCGCAGUCCUUGGACGACGUCUGUGGGCAGGAGCUGGUCGGGCCCAACGGGGUGCUGCGUGCGCUCAUCGAGUCCGACCGUGUGCCGUCCAUGAUUCUGUGGGGGGGAUCGGGCACGGGCAAGACCACCAUUGCGCGCUGCAUCGCCCAGCGCGUCGGCAGCCGCUUUGUCGAGAUGAACGCCACCAGCAGCGGCGGCGUGGCCGAGUGCAAGAAGCUGUUCCAGGACGCCGCCAACGAGCUGUCCCUCACCGGACGCAAGACCAUCUUGUUCUGCGACGAGAUCCAUCGGUUCAGCAAGGCGCAGCAGGACGUGUUCCUCAAGCCGGUCGAGGCCGGCACGAUCACGCUGAUUGGCGCCACCACGGAAAACCCGUCGUUUCGGGUCGUGAACGCCCUGCUGUCGCGCUGCCGGACGUUUACGCUGGCGUCGUUGACAAAGGAGGACGUGCAGCGGAUCCUGGCGCGCGCCGUGCUGGAAGAGACGGGCGUGCGUGUGGGCGAGGCUGUGGGCGAGGCUGGGGGCGAGACGCAAGACGACACGCGUGCACACACAGACAGCGACAGCACACCCAACGCAUCACAAACCAAACCAAACGGCUUAGGCGCGGCCCUGUCGCCGCUCAUCGACCACGAGCUGCUGGCGUACCUGGCGGCCUUUUCGGACGGCGACGCCCGCACGGCGCUCAACCUGCUCGAGCUGGCCCUGUCCAUUGCGGCGCGGCCCACCAACGACCCCGGCAAAGCCUUGACCAAGGACGACCUCAAGGCCGCGCUCACCAAGACGCUCGUCUACGACCGCGCCGGCGACCAGCACUACGACACCAUUUCGGCGUUCCACAAGUCGGUGCGCGGCUCCGACCCGGACGCCACCCUCUACUACCUGGCGCGCAUGCUGCAGUCCGGCGAGGACCCCCUGUUCGUCGCCCGCCGCAUGGUCGUCAUCGCCUCCGAGGACGUGGGGCUCGCCGACAGCUCGCUGCUGCCGCUCGCCACGGCGGCCUACACGGCCACCCAGCAGAUUGGCAUGCCCGAGGCCCGCAUCCCGCUGGCCCACUGUGCCGUGGCCCUGGCGCUGGCGCCCAAGAGCACCCGCGCCUACCGCGGGCUCAACAAUGCGUUUGCGGCGCUGCGCGAGCCAGGCGUCGCCUCGCUGCCCAUCCCCAUCCACCUGCGCAAUGCACCCACACGCCUCAUGAAGGACCUCGGCUAUGGAAAGGAGUACAAGUACAACCCCAACUAUGUGAACGGACGCGUGCGGCAAGACUACCUACCGGACGACCUGCUUGGCCGGAGUUUCUUGGAGGCGCGCGAUCUCGGGACGGCCGUCGACCCGGACUUGGAGGACUAG